AUUUUAUUAGAUUGAAUAAUAACUUCACAAUGUCUAUAAUUCUUAUAUUCAAUUUCUAAUUCUAGAGAAUUUGCGUUAUCAACACAUAAUGACAAAUCCCUUAAACUCAAUAAAGGUGGAAGAAGGUUUAGAGUAUAAUAAUUAAAUAUAUCAUAGUGAAUAACCAAUUGAAUCUAAAUCAACUAUUGAGUCUGUUAAAUAGUUUGCUGGUGAUUUAAAAGCGUAGGUACCAAUUAAGAAAACAAGACGCAAGAAUGUCAGAAAAACAUACAAUAAUGGUAUUGAGAAUAUUUAAUGAAAGGUCACUGGACCCAAAAGGAACAUCGUUUAUAUUUGUAAUUUAUAGAAACAAAUAAGGAAAUAAUGAUGAAAUCAGAUAUGAAAAAGCAAGAGAAGAUUUUUAAAUAGAUGUCACUUGUAAUAAAAACUAGAUCACCAUCGCAAUGUAGAUCUCAUCAUUAAAAAUUCAAUCCUUUCUGAG